AAAUAUGAUUGUGAAAUUUUUAUUGAAAAUAAUUUAUAGAAAGUAGAAUUAUUUUUAAAAGUAGUUUGAAAUUACUUCGUUGACUUUGGUAGCACUGAGUCAAUCGGCGCCAUUUUUUCGCGUGUGCAUAUGUCGUCUAUUCUCGAUGUAACAGUGAAUAAUUACAGUUUGUUACAAUGUGUGAAAAAGUUAUAUUGUAAGGUAUUUUACAAAUUUAUGGAUAGAAAACAAGAAGCAUAUGAAAAAAGAAGAUAAUAAGAAUGGAUUACGAUUACUUAAUUAAAUUUUUGGCCCUUGGAAAUUCUGGAGUUGGGAAAACCAGUUUCUUGUAUCAGUACACCGAUGGCACUUUCCAUUCUCGCUUUGUCUCCACCGUUGGGAUUGAUUUUAAAGAAAAGAGAGUAACAUAUCAAAUGCCGGAUGGAAGUACCCAAAGAAUACAUUUGCAGCUUUGGGAUACAGCAGGCCAAGAGAGGUUUCGAAGUUUAACUACAGCCUUUUACCGGGAUUCCAUGGGUUUCUUAUUAAUUUUUGAUCUGACCAACGAGCUGUCCUUUCUCGAAGUUAGAAAUUGGCUGGAACAGCUUAGGAUGCAUGCGUAUUGUGAAAAUCCAGAUAUAAUUCUCUGCGGUAAUAAAUGUGAUCUUGAGGAUAAGCGAGUUAUUAGCGAGUAUAAAGCACGUGAUCUAGCAGAGAAACAUGGCUUGGUAUAUUUGGAAACUAGUGCUGCUACAGGACAAAAUGUUGAACGCGCAGUAGAAAUUCUGUUAGACCAUGUUAUGCGCAGAAUGGAAGUUACAGUAGAUAAAUCAUUGCUGCCGCAUCAAAAAAUUUUGAAGUGUCAUGAGCGUGAGACUCCACCUCCUAAUAGCUCUUGUUAUUGCUGACAAUGUGAUUUUGCAUAGGCAGUCAAUUAGAUUGACUGUUAUUGCAAUCGGAGGUUUCAGGGGAAAGAAUAUUUCCUUAAUUUUCAUAGGCUAACAGACCGACACUUAAAUUCAUUACAAGGCUUUCGAUUCUGGGUAAAAAGGUUGUGACUAUAGGCAUUUUAGAAUAUUUUCUGAAAUUUAUCAGGAAUAUCUCCAGUUGUGAAUAUCAAUAUUCCAAGCUAUUGCUUCCUAUAAUGUACAAUCCUAUUGUCUUCCAUGUCUCUUCCUUGUCAUAAGAUCUUAUCCCUGCCUUUGUCAUCCAUUUUAAUACGUAUCAUACAUUCUUUUAUUGAUUUUAAACGAAUCUCUUUGGUAUACUUUCUAUUCCUGCUUCCUUAAUAUAUAUAUUUUUUUUUAAAUUUUUGACAAAUUUAUAUUUUCUAUUUCUGCCUUGAUAUAUCUUUUCCUUAAAUUAAAAAAAAGAAAAUAAUGAUUUAACUUAUACUUCUAUCAUAUUAAUAUGCAUAAAGUGUUCAAAAAGUCAAUCUUUAAUAAUGUG